AUGAACCGCCAUCAUCCCUACGGUGGCUACGAUGAGAGGCCCGCUCGCGGUGGCCGCGGUGUCGGCGGCGGCGCCGCUCCCUCGAUGCGCGGAGGCCCUCCCCCUCCUGGACCCGGUGGCAUGAGCCCGCCACCUUCAGGCUACCCUUCCGCUCAAGACGCUUACGGCCCCACCGCGGCUGGCGGCAGUGACGCUUCCGCUUCUGCCUAUCAGCCUCAGGGUGCGUAUUCUGCCUCGAAUGAGUUUGCCGGUGGCCCGGAUAGACACUACCAGAUGCCCAUGAGCGCUGGUCCUCAGCGCGGUGGCAUGGCGGCACGAGGCGCACACGCUUCUGCUCCGCGUCCUCCCCCUCCCCAUGCGUCGCCAGCCUACGGAUACACGCCUGCUUCGUUCGACAACGCCCCCUACAACGCCGCGAACGCAUACGAUCCCUCCGGCGCACCUCCGUCGUCUUAUCCCGGUCCGCCGCCGCCCAACCAGCCGCCUUACGGACAGCCGGCGCAAGGCUACCAGCAAGACUACAAUGGCCCGCCCAAUGGUCCGCCCCCACCGGGUGGCUUUGAUGGUCCCAACUAUGGUGCGCCUCCCAUGCAUGGCCAAUUCCGUCCAGGCCCUCCAUCCGGCCCAUACGGCCGCCCUCGCCCUCCCAUGCCUCCCGCUGGCGGCAACUUUGGCUUCCGCGGCGGUCGUGGCGGCGGUCGUGGUGGCCGCGGUGGCGGUUUCGGUGGAGGAGGCGGCAGAGGAGGCUUCGACGAAGAUGAAAAGCCCUGCCGCACGCUCUUUGUCCGCAGCAUCCAGUUCGAGAUCGAUUCCCAGUUCGUUAAGCGCGAGUUCGAAAAGUUCGGCCAGAUCAAGACCUUCUUCGACAUGGUCAACAAGCGCGGUAUCGCCUUCGUCACCUACUACGACCUCCGAUCGGCGCGCGACGCCAUGCUCGCCAUGAAGGGCGCUCCUUUGGGCGGCCGUCCGAUCAACAUCCACUACUCGCUUCCCCGCGAGGAGGACAAAGCGCAGCGAUGCGAUCGCGACAAGAACCAGGGAACCCUCUUUUCCGUUUUGAAGAACGCUCAGCAGGAUCUCACAGAUGAAGCCAUUCGUCAGGCCUUUGCGGAGUUCGGCGAUAUCAAGAAGAUCCGCGACUACCCUGGUCAGAAGAACAGCCGCUUCGUCGAGUACUUUGACAGCCGUGCUUGCCAGCUUGCACACGAUCGUCUCAACGGCCAGUCGUUCCUCGACGGCCAGUGGGAUCUCAAGUUCGCCUGGGAUCUCGUCACCGAAGACGACUUCGAAUGGGCUCAGGCCGGCCCACAAGACGCUCAGCCCAGCUGGGGCCAGUCAGCGCCGCCUGCUCACCAGCCUCCUGCACAGCAACCCGGUGCUGGCCCUGGCGGUCUUGGUCAUGGACGUGCGCCCGUCCCGCCCACGGGUCCUCCGGUCGACAAUGGCUGGGGCAGGCGUGCUGGUUCUGGUUCUGCACCGCCUCCCGCCGCAGCGUCUGCCCAAGUUCCUGGAUCGCCACCGCCCGCAGGAGAUGCGAACCGCCUGGAACAGGCUCAGAAGGUGCAGCAGCUACUGGCUUCGCUCGGCGCGGCUGCCAAGCCUGCACCUGCUGCGUCCUCGACCCCGCCGGCUCCUGCGGCAUCGAGUCCAGGGGCGGCGCACAGCCCACCUCCUGCACCCUCGGCGGCAUCCGGCGCUCCGGCUCUGCCUGCCAACAUUGCUGCUCUGCUCCAGUCCGCCGCUGGCGCACCUAAGCCCAUGCAGCCGCCCAAGCCUCAGUCGCCCCCAGGUGCUGGCGGCUCCGCUGCUGGUCAGGACAAUGGACAGCAGUCGAUGCAGCAGCUCCUUAGCAUGCUCAACCAGAACCGCCCACCUCGCCCAUCCUGA